GAUCAUCAAAUCAAAUGGAAAAAGAAGCAGUCACAAAAAUGUACGUGCUCUGAGACUGGUAUUAUUUAUUUAUGGAUACAGAGAAUCCUUUACAUGAGCGUUGGGAAAUAUGUUUGCAUGGUAUAUGGAUGUGUUUGUGACUGACGUGAUUUAAUAGCACCUCUACAUGCGGAAAAAACAAAUCCCCCAAAGAAAAAUCCGCUCCGUUAGUGCGCACUCCAGCCGGAAGAUGGGAUUUUUCUUAUUCGAGCGCGCACACCUCCCCUUUCCCCCUCCCUCCUGCUCUCUCUCUCUCUUUCUCAAACAACUCAGCCUGUCAGUGUGCGCCGAGCGUUAGGAACAAGUCUCACUAGUCGGAUUUGCAGCCAGUGAGAGAGACACAUCGAGAGAAUCCAAGCAGGACAGACGAGAAAUGAACUAUCUAAUGACUUGCCACAUCCGAGCACAUUCUCAAAUACCCUGCAACCGAGACCCAUGAAUAAGGAUUGCAAUAUUUUUUCCACCCUGGAAAAUCUGGCAAUAAUUUUGUCAGUCUCGGCACAUUUGUAAAUUUGUGUCCAUUUGAUAUGCUUGUUUUUUUUUAUUUGCCUUGAUUAAUUUCGUUUUGCUAUCUUUGCGUUAAUUAUCCGGAUUGCUUGCUGUCCAACAUUUCAAGUGCACGCGGAAUUAUUGGAAUCUCGAAGGCAAGCAGGAAAAUCCAAUUGGAGAACUAGAGGAGAGAAAGAGAAGCAGUGAGAUCUGUCCAGCAUCAACAUGUUCUUCUGAAGAGGCGAGGAAAAGCUCAUUCCCAAAACAUCAUCCAUCUACCAUCACAUUCCUGUUCUAAUUCGUCGGGAAAACAGAAUGAAGUGGGAGUGAAAAGGGAAUGGGAAAGAUAGGUUCAGUCUGAAAGCCACGGGAAAAAAAAAACAAUAAGCAUCACGAAAUACUGGAAAAGUAAACUCUUGCAAGGAAAAUUGCAACAAAACGGCUGUGGGAAUUGAAAUUGCGGCGGAGUUUUGUCCACGAGCUACUUUUCCCUAAAGACGAUUUUUUGUGGAAUUCUCUGCUUAAAAUCCACACAGACUGCACCUUUGUUUAAUCUGUCCUCCCGUGUGUGUAUUUUUUAGUUGCUAGAUAUCCAUGCAGGCUCCCAAAACACGUUGUUCCUGAUCACACUGACGGAUUCACCUGAAGCACACACGCUUUGUUCCGAGUCCAGAGAUCUCCAACCUCUGGGAGAGUAUCCCACACAGCUUUGAUGGGAGUAAACAGACGGAAUUCGGGAUUUCAAAUGGCGAGUCAAGGCUGUGAAAAUGGAUUGGGAAUUCUCCUGAUAUUCUUAGUGGAUUUACUCGGGAUCACGGCGACCAACAUGGAGCCCAUCUACUGGAAUUCCUUGAACAAAAGGUUUAGCGAUGAUAAGGGUUAUGUCCUGUACCCUCAAAUCGGGGAUCGUCUGGACCUCAUUUGCCCAGCGUCUGAGCCGCCCGGUCCCCGGUCCCCCGCCGAAUACGAGUUCUAUAAACUGUACCUGGUCUCGUCACGGGAUCAGGCAGACAGGUGUGAAGUGACCGGAGCCCCCAACCUGCUUCUCACCUGCGAUAAGCCCAACAGUGAUAUGCGUUUCACCAUCAAGUUUCAGGAGUACUCGCCCAACCUGUGGGGUCACGAAUUUAAAACCAAUCAGGACUACUUCAUCAUCGCUACAUCAGAUGGGACGCGCCAGGGGCUGGAGAGCAUGAGAGGAGGAGUUUGCGCUACACAGGGCAUGAAGGUGGUGCUGAAAGUGGGACAGAGUCCAUAUGGUCUGCCGGCCAAAUCUCCCAAACCUGACCCCGCGGACCGUAUCAACAGCCUGAAUCCAGGUGCUGGAAACAACACACAUCCCAGAAUUCCCCCUAGAGGUCCUGGUGGAGAAAACGGCCCCCUUCCGCCCUCCAACAUCGCCGUUAUCGCAGGUGCAGCCGGCGGUUCAGCUUUCCUACUGCUCGUGACAGCUGUGAUCUGCGUGGUGUGCUACCGACGACGACAUGCCAAGCAUUCCGAAUCGCACCACCCUCCGCUCUCCCUCUCCUCCCUGACCUCGCCCAAACGGGGCUGCGGCGGGGGCGUAGGAGGUGGCAACAACAACGGCUCGGAGCCUAGCGACAUCAUCAUCCCGCUGCGGACUUCUGACUCCGCCUACUGCCCGCACUACGAGAAAGUGAGCGGGGAUUACGGCCAUCCGGUCUACAUCGUACAGGAGAUGCCCCCUCAGAGUCCCGCCAACAUCUACUAUAAAGUAUGAGAACCGGAGACGACCUUACGACAACAUCUGCUAAGACCACACCCACCUUAAACGACUACCUAAACCCCGCCCCAAGCCCCGCCCCCACAAUCUGCAUCCCCGUAGAUCAGAUCCUUUUACCUUCACACGCAUUUCUCCGACACGCUGACCACUCAAGGUCGAGUGCGUCUGUGUGUGUGUGUGUGUGUUUGUUUGUGUGUGAUACCAUUCCUCGCAACUCACCCAACUUCGGCCUUUUGUUAGAGAGAGGUUGUCCUGAUGUGAGGGCCUCCCUCUCUUUGACGUCCCACAUGGGGAAAGUUCUUAAAGCUAGAGAAGACCUCCUGGAGUGAUUCAGCCAACUGACAAAAACAUGAACUCCUUUUUGGGGGGCCGUUCUGGAGCACAAGCAUCAAAACUUUUUCUGAUGUACUUGCAAAAAGACUAUAAACACACAAAAAAAGAAAAGAAAACUCAACUUGUCCAGACCUACAAAGACAACAUGUGAACUUUGACCUCGAAUGCUACAUUUACUCACAAAUAGCAGUCUAGUUUGUGUUAAACUCCUUCGAAAGGGGGAGGGGCCAUCGAUUCAGCCAAUCGUCACACAGGGCUGCAGUCACGUGCUCUAGGACCCAUGUGUUUGAUUGGUGGAGUUGUAGUGGCGUGGAGAAUCUUGUAUAUUUUAAUAACGUGUGUAUUUUGUGAGUGUGUAGGAUAAAUAUUCCGACACUGCUGUCGCACACGUUGCGACCGGCGUGCUUCAGUACAACUCGCAAGUGUUUUUGCGUGCGGAUGAGUGCGUGUUUGAGUACAGUGUUAGCGUGAGCAUGGGAGCGUGUGUUUGUUAGACUGUUUCAAAACCAAAACACAAAAAUAUGAGCGAACAUCAAAAAAGUUUUUUUAUCGCUUUCAACACAUAGAUUAUAAUUAUAUAUGAAUACUCAGUAAAAUAAUUUUUAGAUUUUUUUCAUGUAAAGUUACAGUUUGCUAGGCCUAAUUUUUGUUUUCCUAUUUUUUAUGACAUGCUGACCUUGUUUCUUCCCCUUUUUGAGUUGUAAAUUAAUUUAAUGCUUUCAUUCCGUUGCAGAAACCGAGUUUGUUUGGUUCCCCCUCAUUUUCCUCUUUCCCUGGAGUCUCCUCCGCUCUACACAUAUAUUUUUAUAGCUCCUUGUACUCUGAUGUAGUUUUGAAGCUAGACCUCGUUUGUGAAUGUGUUGAGGUAGAACAAUCCGAGAAAGUUUUUUUAUUAUUAUUUUUAAAGACGCUUGGAAAAAAAGGGGAAAAAAUCCAGAAAGGAGGGAAGAAUUGGAUGGGGGUGAAAUAAAAAGAAAAGAAUGCGAACACCGCCUGUUGGGAAGGCAAACGCACGAGCGAGGAAACUUCUAGAAAGACUGUGAAGCUAUGGAAGAAUCACACAUUAAAAGAAAAAAAUAGGGGGAGGGGGAGGAGGGGAGAGAGAAGGAAAGCUGAAAGAUGAUUGAAGGAGAAGAGAGAGAGAGUGAGAGAGAGAGGGAUGGAAAGGUUUUUAAUAAACUCGUCUGAAGCGGUGGAAGAGGCAGAUUUGGGCCUGAUGGUCUUCUGAGGUACAAAUAGACAGAUGAGGGGAAGAAAGAAACUCUUUCUCUCAGAUGGACAACAGGAUAAAUGGACACACAGAAUUACUCUUUUGCAGACACACAGUGCUCUUUUUUGUUCACAUGAAGUGAAGUGGAAAUAUUUCUAGACUUGUUUCAAAUUCUUGAGUAUCGGACAUGUCUCAAUUUAGUAGACAUGUUCAGACACACACACACACACACACACACACACACACACAGAGAGAAAUACUCAAUGGCCAUGGCACACAGAAAAGCUCUGUCACACACACACACAUGCAUAGCUCCAAAACACAAUCAAAAGCCAUUCUGAUUGGGCAUAUAUGCUGGUUACCUCAACAAAUGCCGUGAUUAGAAUUGUUCUUACAUUCUCUUUCUCUCCUCUCUCUCUCUCUCUCACACACAUACACACACACACACACACAAUCAUGCAGCUUUGUAACUAGCUGUGUGUAUAUCUCUGUUGGUGCCAAUGAAAAUCUCUCUUUUAGGCCUGAAAUACACUCUACGCAAGUAUGUGAACGCAAACGCUUCCAACUACACGUCGUUGCUUUCUGAAAUGUGUCAGGACUCAGUUGCAUUCUCAGCACAUAUUAGCAUAAACUAUGGUCAGUUUUCUCUGACAUGGCAGAUCAGCAGUUUGGCAAAGAAUCUUACAAAACUAGUUAGCUUCAGUUAGUCAGCGGCUGAAUUUGGAAUAGAAUACUAUUCUUAAAAUGUCUGUCAUACAGUAUGCUAUUUGGAAAUGUUAGCUAAAGUGAUUCAAAGGCUGAAUUCAAAAUGGCAUGUUUUGACUAGCUUUAGCCAAUUAGCAGAGAAAAAUUAGCUAUAUGGCACUAAUAGUAACUACAUGACAUGUGGGGGGAAAACAAUAUUUUGUUGCUACAAAUUGAGAAUUCAUUCCCACAAGUUAUUAAUUUGUGGCCACGUUUCAUUAAUUAGCUCUGUUGUUGUAGUUAAAUCCAACUAAAGUGAGGGAACAAAGUAGUACAACAUGGCCGCUAAUAAACUAAAAUGAGGGAACGUAUUAAUAAAUUAUGAGAACAAAUUAAUAAUUUGUGCCCAUUUUAUUUAUUUUUUUCUGCAUGCCAUGUGUGAGGCUCUGUAGUAAGAACUGUAUGCUAGUAUGCUAUUCUGGAAACAGUUAACUAGUAGUAAAUGAAGCCCCACACAUGUAAUGUGGGGAAAAAAACAAACAAUUUAUUAAUUUGUUACCAAUUUUUACUUGAACUGUAAUCAAUUUGUACAUUUUGUAUUUCGAAAACGGCUGAUAUUAACAUUUGUUCUUGCGUUUGCGAUGCAAGCAUCCGCAUACUUGCGUAGAAUAUGUUUCUGGCCGUAGGAGUACAAAUUGUGUUCUGUUUCACUGCCAUUGUCACAGUGUGUUUUGUAUGCGUGUAAAAGAAUGUUAUCGCUAAGAAAUACACCGCAUACACGCACAUAAUAACAAGCCAUUCAUACCCAAAUAUGUUGGUGGUCUUAUUUUGCAGAUGUGAUUUGUGACUGACGUUGGGACUCGAACAAUCUGUUACUGUUUUCAAUCUGCCUAGAAAGCUUCAAUAUUUGUCUCUCAAAAGCAUUUAGUUUUGUAUCACUCUGGUGCAUCAAGACUGUGAGAAAAAAGAAACGACAUGACAUUGUUUUCCUGUCACAUUGAUGUUUUCUUCUUACACGCCAAUUUGGAUUUUGUUACUUCAAUAUCAAGUUGCCUAAAAUGUGGAGGUGUUACGUUUGUUCGGCGCUGUUGUAUUCGUGGGCUGUUUCAUACAUAUUUAAGCGUUCGAUUUCUGUUCAAAUUCUGUUGCAUUUACGAAAACAAUCAGCGUAAGCCAUGUCUCUGACCCUGUGCACAUGGACUUGGAUACAUGUGUGUGCGUGCAGGUGUGCGUAUGUCCGAAACACACGUGGACAUCGUUCGAAGACGGACCGACGCAUUGCGUUCGGAUCACAGAGGACACACGAGGAGACACAAACUCUCUCUGCUCACCAUCCUCCCUUUUUUAGGUCUCGUUUAUCGAACAUCUGGCCUCAGAAAGGUCCAUCUUCUGUCUUUCACAUCGAGCGGUUCUUUGUGCACUUGCUUUCGCCACGAACGCUGGGACCAGUAUUCUGUACGCAGACACAAGCGGGGACGAACCACAAAGUGUGUAUUUUUUUAGAGAACGCUUCAGUUGUGUGUACGUGUUUCUCUGUGCCAAUAGCCAGCGGGUGUCGGCCACUUUAAAGACCUCCAUUCCUCUCCAGUGAUGUGUUCAGACGUUUGUAAAACACCAUGUUUGUGUGUGCUGUUUUCUUUUCCGUGUCCAUCCCUCCAUCUUGCCCCCUCACGAUCCCUCUCUUGUUUUCCCUCCUGCAUACAUGCCUUUAAAAGGGUUAAACAACUAAUACAUUCCUUUGAAGAAAUGUUGAUUAAAAAACACACAAAAAAAAACUU